UUCAUCUGAAGCCUUCCGAUGAGUCGGCGUCGUUUUAAAAUCUUAUAGUGUUAGAACCGUUUGACGUUGAUCGCAACGCUUUUCACGUGAAUCAUAUUUUUAGUGUGUGUAUUUUUGAAAUUGUAUUUUACUUAAACAUUUAUCCGAUUAUUAUAAUUAUUAUUUUUUUUAUAACUUUUUAUGAUUGUUUUUAAAAUAUUUAAAAUCUUGUCGUGACAGUCUCGUCCAUUCGCAUAAAUACAGUUUGAGCAAAAUUGGUAAAAUUCACUUAACUUAGAUGGUGGUUGUACACGCUUGAAACUUAUUGGACACAUAACGUGGAUAUAAAAGAUUUAUAUCGAGGAACAUUGGCACCGUACGUACGGAUAACACUAAAAAAAGUCGUAAAUUAUCUAAUCAAUGCCGUUGUUGUAGAACAAAAACACGUAUAAACAAUACGCUGCAGGUGUUUAACGAUGGGAGCCGAAUCACAUUACAGCGACACCAUCAGAUCGUCCAAGAAAUGCAGCAAGUUGAGGCCGUUGAAGAUAACUGCAGUCGGCGAUGGGAUGGUCGGAAAAACUUGCAUGCUCAUCACCUACACGACCAAGCAAUUUCCUACCGAAUACGUGCCUACCGUAUUCGACAAUUAUGCAGAGAACAUGGUUAUGGAUGGUCAAGAGUACAACAUGUGUCUGUGGGAUACUGCCGGCCAAGAAGAUUACGAAAGACUUAGGCCACUGUCUUAUCCUAAUACGGAUUGUUUUCUACUUUGCUAUUCAGUCGGUAGUCGGAGUUCAUUCGAAAACAUUGCCAGUAAAUGGCAUCCGGAAAUUCAACACCACUGUCCGAAAAUACCUGUGAUAUUGAUCGGUACGAAAACGGAUUUAAGGCUGAGCCAAAACGACUGUAUAACACGGAAAAAGGGCAAGAAAAUGAUGAAAAAGAUCGGGGCCGUCAAGUACCUGGAGUGUUCAGCUCUGACCAACGAAGGGUUGGACACCAUAUUCACGGAAUCGGUCCGCGCGGCCAUCGAAAGGCCAAGAAAAAACUGUUUCGCGUUCCCGUUCAUCCAAUGCUGUAAAUAGAACUCGCGAGGCUCCUAAAUCAUCGUCGUCAUCGUCAUCAUCAUCAAUUAGUACCCGCGAGAUCUCGUCCCACGCGUAUACCAGCCCCCCCCCCCCCCACCAAUAAGUUAGCUCCCAUACAGAGUGUGUUAUACGCAUUAUACAAUACAAUGUAGUAGUGGUUAUCAAAUACGGCGUUUCAUUUGUUGAAACUUACUUUUGGAAUGCAAAAUAUGUGCCAUAGAUUGUGUAUCGCCUGUACAUAGUAUAUAUAAUAAUAUAAAAUAAAUUAACGAAACGCUGUUUAAAUGUAUACCUACCUACCUACCUACCUAUCUACCUACCUUACCAUAUGAUAUGACCUCGCCGCGAUAACGACCAAUGAGAUUUUAUGUACAAGUGGUCGCCUUAUACUGUCGGCUUAUUAUAUAGAAAAGUAUGUUUAAAUAUUGUUUUUUUUUUUUUUGAUAAAAUGUAAAAAUGUAUUAUUAUUAAUUUUUUUUAUUAUUAUUUGUUUGUUUGGUCAUGUGCAUAUAUUAUGUAUAAUAUCUAGUAUAUCUCACACUAUGUAUCACAGUAUGACACGAAUAUUUGAUUAUUAUACAAUUUCAGUUUCUAAUUUGUUAUUAAUUAUUAAACUAUUUAUAAAAGA